CCUGCAACGGGAGAACGGCAUGUUCAUGGGGUAUUUGCUACCAACGCUCUGCAAUCUGGACCGCAAGUUAGAAGGACUGGAAAACAAACCUGAGAGGUACACAUACUGUUUUCAGCUGUUGAGAGGUGUGUGCGAAGCCCUAAGAAAGCGGUUUGCAGCUAUCUGGGAGGACAAGAGGCUUCUUCUGGCAGCCUGCCUACACCCUCGCUUCAAACUAGAUUGGCUGGAAUCGUGUCAGGCCACCACCCAUACCAACAAAUACACAAUGAAAGCCUUGUUGAAAGCUGAAAUAAAGAUGGGUGUACUUAAUGAGGACAGUGAUCAGUCUUCAGAUAAAGACCAGGAAGGAGAUGACUUAGAAGAUGACUUCUUUAACUUUCUGCCCCAGGGCAAGAAGUCAGCAGUGGACACUGCUGAGGAGGAACUGGUGAGGUACCUGAGGUCUCCCAGCAGGGAAGUGUCAUCACUCCAUGGCUUUCCACGUGUGCUGCGGUGUUUUUUGCAGCACAACACAGGCAUGCCUUCAAGCGCCGCAGUAGAACGCCUGUUCAGUACUGGUGGCAACGUAAUGACUGUAAAAAGACAUUCCUUGUCUGACAUGCUCUUUGAGCAUCUUGUUCUUUUGAGACAUAACAGAAACAUAUUAUAAAAGCAUUUCAAUUGUAAAAUUUGAUUUCAAGA